UAUAGUUCAUUGAAAUCUACACCACGUAAACACUAAAUAAAUCUUUUAGUGUAACAGAAACUAAGAUUAAACAAGUUAUAGUGAAAAAUAUACAAGAUGGACGCAAGCGUCGGUCCAUACCGUCUUGAAUGCAAAAUUGGUGCAGGCUCAUUCGGUGAAAUUUAUUUGGGUACACAUACCACCAAUGGAAGUAAAGUAGCCAUCAAAUUAGAAAGUAAAAAUGCUAAGCAGGCACAAUUGGCUAAUGAAUCCGCAGUAUAUAAAGAACUGCAGGGCGGUGGCGGUAUACCAAAAGUCUUUAUGUCCGGUUCCGGACGUAACCAUAAUUUUAUUGUUAUGCAAUUACUUGGAUUUUCGCUAGAGGAGUUAUUCAAUUUUUGUAAUCGUCAUUUCAGUCUUAAAACUGUGCUUUUACUUGCGGAUCAAAUGAUUACACGCAUAGAAUAUUUACAUUCACAUGGUUUCAUACAUCGUGACAUUAAGCCUGAUAACUUCGUGAUGGGUCAAGGCGCGGAAAGCGAUAUCGUUCAUAUAAUUGAUUUUGGGCUCACAAAAAAGUUCCGUGAUGCAUCUACUUUAAAACAUAUACCGUAUACGAAAAACAACAGUCUCAUCGGCACAGCACGUUAUGUUUCAAUCAAUACUCAUAUGGAUUUUGAGCAGUCACGCCGUGAUGAUCUCGAAGCCCUCGGAUAUGUUUUCAUGUACUUCAUAAGAGGCACAUUACCUUGGCAAGGCAUCAAAGCAGCUACUAAAGUGCAAAAGUUUGAACGAAUAUCAGAGAAAAAGAUUUCCACAACAGUACGAGCAUUGUGCAGAGGUUUUCCAAAUGAAUUUGUGGUUUAUCUAGAUUUCUGCAGGCAAAUGCACUUUGAACAACGUCCCGAUUAUUUUUUUUUACGUAUGACAUUGCAAAAUUUGCUACAUAAAAUUGGUUUUACCUAUGAUUCUUGCUUUGAUUGGAAUGUACCAGCAACUGAUAAAUCGCUUAAUAUCCAAGCAAUUCAGCAAGAAGAACAAGGUGAUGUUGAUGUAGGACAAGAAGUACAACAACGUCAACUGAGUGCAGAGCAAGUCAAUAACGGAGCUGAAGCAGUUGAAGGUACUGUAACAGUGGAACGUAGUUCUAAGCAGUCACAAGUUACACCCAUGGUUGAGGCUGCUGACUCACAGGUAGUAGUCAACGGUGCUGGUGAUACAAGUGUAUCAAUGUCUGAUGUAAUGGACUUAAGUGCUUUUUCACAUUCAACUAGUGACAGAUCUGAGAGACAUUUGAUUGUAGAAAUACCUAACAAAGAAUCCUAUGAUGAUGUUAUGAACAAAAUAUGUAUCACAAAAUAA